AUGAACGUUCCUCAAUGGCUAAAAUCCUUUGAAGGAGAAUUAGAUCUAAAUCAAGAAGUCCAAUUAUUUAUUAAAUUUAUUGAACCAAAUAAAAAUGAAUAUAAAAUAAGAGAAGAACUUUUAACAAAAUACUCAAAAAUACUUGAAAAAGAGGGUUACAAUGUAAUGGCAUUUGGGUCAACACAAUCAAAAUUGUUUUUACCAACAAGUGAUAUAGAUUUUUCAGUUCUAACAAAUGAAUAUAACACAAGAAAAGUAUUAAAUUCAGUUUCAUCUAUUCUUUCAUCUUAUGUCCUUGAAGACCAAAAAAGAAAUUUUAAAGCAUCAAUUCCAGUUUUAAAACUUACAGAUAAAAAAACAUUAAUUGUAUUAGACAUAUCACAUAAUAAUACUAGUGGAACAAAAACAGUAAAUUUUAUUGAAGAAGUUAUAAAAAAGGAUGACAGAAUUAGAAAAUUAGUACUUCUUAUUAAAUCAAUACUUUGUUGUUAUGAUUUCCAUCAACCAGCUAAUGGAGGUCUUGGAACAUAUUCAGUAUUUGUAAUGGUGUAUUGUUAUAUUAAUAAUAAUAUUAUUACAACACAUGACUAUGGAGAAUUAUUAAAGGGAUUCUUAAAAUAUUAUGGAAUUGAUUUUAGAAGUGAUAUAGAAGGUUUAAGUGUAUUUGAAGGAAAGUUUAAUAGAAGUGAAAGAAAUUGGGAUUCUAAGAUUUCUAAUUUAUCAAUUGAAGACCCAUGUGAUCUUUCAAAUGAUGUAAGUGUCACGUCAUUUAGAUGGCAGUACAUUAAAUAUUUAUUUAAAAUGAGUUACAACGCAUUACAUUACACUCAUCUAAAAAAAUAUGACCCAGAACACUCUUUAUUAAAAAGAAUUAUUUGCUUACCUGAUGUAUUCUUUGAACGAAGAAAAUUAUGGGAACAACUUAUAAAUCAAAAUAAAUCAAUAGUAAUUCAUAUAGACAUGGAUUCAGUUCAACAAACAAAUGAAUUAAUUCAACACACGGAACAACAUUCACAACCUUGUUUAACUUCAUCUAUACAAAAGCCUAAAGAAGAAACUCAAAUAGUAACAAUUAAUACAAAAGAAGAAAUAAAUCAAUGUAAUAAUAUAAAAGAUCAAUGUAAAAACGAGAAAAUAAAUGAACAGUCAAAAAUGGAUGAAGUUGUUUUUUAUGAUGAAAUAAAACAAAAAGAGGAAAUAUAA